ACCUCAGCAACCUUCUUCAUUUUUCAGCCUUUGGAAUUGAUCGGCUUCAACUAUGCCAGAUAGCCUAUAGUUGUCUGUCGAAUUUUGCAUAUUUGAAGGUAGUUGUUUCUAAAAAUCUAGAUAUUCAUCUCCCAAAAGUCGAGCCACUAAAUUGCAAUAAGGGUUGUCGUUUUUUUUUCAUCCAUCGUAUGUCCCAUUAACCAAAGAAGUUUGUAGGUUCUACGAACAUAUUUUAUUGACAGUUUUGGCAUCUGUGGCAUUUGACACAUCUAAAAGUUUUUCUGAUUGUUCCCUCGUAAAGAUUCCAAAUGUCUGCCGAACCAAGACUCUUGGACCUGGAUAUUUUUCCUGUUCAAGAUGUUUCUGACGACAGAUUCGAUGGGAUCAUCAUUGUCGCAGCCCCAAACUUGGUCGCAGAUAACAAAGAAUUCGGUAGAACCCUGAUGUUAGCCAUCGAGCUCGAUAACGGUUUACGUACAGAGGCUGGAGUGAUACCUGUACCCGAUUCCAAAGUUAAGAGAAUUGUUUUUUCGCCAACAGGUUGCGUUGAUGAAGAUUACGACGAUGUUAGAUGUUUCCGAAAGGCUGCCAACAUUGCGAUAAGGCGUGCUAUUAAGGCUGGUGUGCAGAAACCUAUGGUUUACUUACAGGGGCAUCCCCAAUUCAAUAACUCACCCUUAGUGACUCUCCUUGGAAUUUUAGAAGGCCUUUAUGUGCACAUACAAAUUCGAGAAAUGGCUCCACACAAAAACCACAACAUAAAGACCAUCGGGAUCUACACCAAAUUUCAAGAUGAGGUGGAUAGUUUGAUCCAAACAGCAAUAGUUCUGGAGACAGGCAGAAGGGUGGCUUGCGAUAUAGGGGAUUCUGAUCCAGAAAGAAUGUCUCCUCCAAAAGUUGAGGAAUAUGUGACAGCUCUAUUCUCGAAUACCUCGGUGAAAAUGACCGUCAUAAAGGAGGCCAAGGAGUUUGCUAAAGAUUAUCCACUGUUCGAAGCAGUUAACAGAGCAGCCAGUAAGAUUCAACGUCAUCAAGGCAGAAUAAUGUUCUUGGAAUACGUACCCAAAGAAGAAGUUCUGAAAACUCUGUUCCUAGUGGGAAAAGGAGUGACAUAUGACACUGGUGGCGUUGAUGUCAAAAUAAACGGUGGAAUGGCCGGUAUGUCCAGAGACAAAUGCGGUGCGGCUGCAGCUGUUGGUUUCCUGAAGAUGGUGGAACUGCUUCAACCGAAACACAUGAGAGUGGUGGUGGGAAUUGGCGUGGUUAGGAAUAGUGUAGGGUCCAACUCUUACGUGCAAGAUGAACUGAUCAAGGCUAGAUCUGGAGUUAUGGUUAGGAUUGGAAAUACGGAUGCAGAAGGAAGGAUGAUUAUGGCAGACGUUCUUUGUAAGAUCAAAGAGAUGGCGAUUACUGCAGUCAAUCCACAUCUGUACACGAUCGCUACUUUGACUGGUCAUGCGGUUAUAACCGCUGGUUUUGGUUAUAAUAUAGUGAUCGACAAUGGUCCAGCAAAAAAGGAGAAACAUGCACAGAAGCUGCAACUUAUGGGGGAAGAGAUUGGAGAUCCAUACGAAAUAUCUGUUCUCCGUAGGGAAGAUUUCGAUUUUGUCAAAGGGCAAGGGGUCGGGGAUGAUGUCCUUCAGAGUAACAACAAACCGUCUUCAGUCACUCAAAGAGGACAUCAAGCUCCUUUUGCUUUUCUCAUAAUGUCUUCUGGGUUAGAUAAGCACGGAUCCGGUCAUCAAAAACCGCUGAAGUAUAGCCACAUAGAUAUAGCAGCAUCUACAUUGAACUACCCUCAUCCUGGAACUGGAGCACCCGUUUUAUCUUUGGCUAACGCAUACCUUCUAUGUUCAGAGACGUGUUCUGCUAGUUCUGCCACGAAAUGGAAAUAAAAAAAUUAUUAUGGU